AUGAACGAAGAGGUACACUUUGUGGCAUUAUAAAAGGACCAAUUAUCCUCCACCUCUACCAUACAUAGCUAACAACACACACUUCACUUCUCUCAGAUACUAGCCUGGUCCAUAACAAUGGAAGGUACCAGCCAAAACACGUUUACCUUCAUUACCACCACCAUCGACGCUCCAAGUCCAACCACCCCUGAGAUAUCACCAUCUCGUGAUGCUCUUUCAGGACUAGCACAAGCUUACCCUCCUGGCUUUUCCAGAAAGGUGUUUGCGGAGGUUAUCGGAACGUUUCUGUUGGUGUUCGUGGGAAGUGGUUCUGCGGGUCUUAGUGUUAUUGAUGAGAGCAGAGUGUCAAAGCUUGCAGCUUCGAUUGCUGCAGGACUCAUCGUCACAGUGAUGAUUUACUCAAUCGGACACAUUUCUGGGGCACACAUGAACCCUGCGGUUUCCCUUGCUUUUGCUGCGGUGAGGCAUUUUCCGUGGCCACAGGUCCCGUUUUACGUAGCAGCUCAACUCACUGGAUCCAUUUCUGCUUCAUACACACUGCGAGAGCUUUUCCAGCCAUCAAAGGAAAUUGGGGGAACAACACCUGCUGGAUCACAUGUUCAAGCACUCAUCGUGGAAAUGGUGACAACUUUCACCAUGGUGUUCAUUUCCAUGGCCGUGGCCACUGACACAAACGCUACAGGACAACUAUCAGGAGUAGCAGUAGGUUGUUCGGUUUCCAUAUCAAGCAUUGUUGCCGGACCAAUAUCGGGGGGAUCAAUGAACCCAGCAAGGACAUUAGGUCCUGCAAUUGCAACAUCAUCGUACAAGGGACUUUGGGUAUAUUUUGUUGGACCAAUUACUGGUGCAGUUUUAGCAGCAUGGUCUUACAAUGUGAUUAGGGACACGGAACACCCUGGUUUUCCAUUUUCACUAUCCUCCCUCUCAUUCAAGGUACGCCAAAGCGUUAGUGGAACUAAAACCGACCAACGAAGCUUGGUUUGAAAAGAAGCGUGUGAUGUUUUCAACACCGCCCAAAUCAACGUCACCUUGAAUGUCUUGUCUUGGAGGAUCUCAAGUUCCACAUGUAGAAUCAUCAAUGCCACACUACACCAUGGUAUUAUUAUUAGCUUGUCCAUGUGUGAAGUUUGAGGGUUAUGAUGAGCCAUGUAUAAUGCAAAAAUGUUUAGUGUGUUUAUCCUACAUUAAUGAAAUGUCAGUUUCAUAUGAAAUGCAAUGCAGACAACAAAUCGGAUGCUAUUAAUGCUAA